CCUGUAACAAUCAAAAACUUGUGUUGCAAAUCAGUCUCUGAACUUUGAACACAAUCUUUAAAAUUUAUCGUAUAGGUAACAGAGAAAGGUUCCUUGUUUACAUGCAACUUCAACUUCGGCAAGUGCAUUAUCCAGCCAGGAAAAAUGAGGAGUGUGUUUUACUAAGAAAAAAAUUAUCUCGCUAACUGGCAUUUUAAGAAAACUUUAAGUUGCAAUGAAAGAUUCAGUCAACAUGAAAUAUGAAAGUGAACAAAGCAAGAUGGAAGAAUAUUCACAGCAUGCCCAUAUUCAUCUAGAAAGAAAAGUUACUAAUAGAGUUAGCCUUUGUAAGACUGUAAAAGCCAAAGUUAAAAAGCAAUGCACCUGCAAUAGCAAGCAAAUCAAAAAUACAUUCAUUGGUUUUUUCCCAGUGUUACGCUGGCUCCCAAAAUAUGACUUCAAAGAAAAUACAUGGGGUGAUGUGAUGUCAGGCCUUAUAAUUGGUAUCAUAUUGGUGCCCCAAGCUAUAGCCUACUCUCUCCUUGCUGGGCUGAAACCCAUUUACAGCCUGUACACCUCCUUUUUUGCUAAUAUUAUUUAUUUCUUAAUGGGGACCUCUCGUCACGUAUCAGUGGGUAUUUUCAGCUUGAUAAGUUUGAUGGUCGGCCAGGUUGUCGAUCGAGAAGUACAAUUGGCAGGUUUUGACCUAGAUGACGAUGCAGUCCCUCUUAUAAAUAACUUUAACAUGAGUGACAUGAACAUUACAAGAGCCAUAAACAUUAGUCUGGGCCUGGUGGAUAUUGAGUGUGGAAAAGAAUGUUACGCAAUCAGCAUUGCAGCUAUACUGACAUUCACAGCUGGUGUUUAUCAGGUCCUUAUGGGGAUUUUUCGGUUGGGUUUCCUCUCUAUGUAUCUGUCAGAGCCAAUGUUGGAUGGAUUUGCAACUGGAGCUUCCCUGACAAUAUUAACUGCUCAAGUAAAAUACCUUCUGGGAUUAAAAAUACCACGUAGUCCAGGCAUUGGCAUGCUAGUGACAACCUGGUACAACAUAUUUAAAAAUAUUCACCAUGCCAACUAUUGCGACAUUGUAACAAGCGCCAUUUGUAUUGCUGUUCUGGUUGCAGCUAAAGAAAUAGGAGAUCGAUACAAAGAAAAAAUUAAAAUCCCACUUCCAACAGAAUUAGUGGUAAUUGUAGUUGCUACUCUGGUAUCACAUUACUGCAAUUUGAAGGAAAUUUAUGGGUCUUCUGUCUCUGGUGUAAUCCCAACUGGAUUUAUACCUCCACAAGUUCCAGAUUUUAGCCUUUUUAGCAAAAUAGCUGUGGAUGCAAUACCCCUUGCAGUUAUCAGUUUUGCCUUUACUAUCUCUUUGUCAGAAAUGUUCGCAAAAAAAUAUGCAUAUACAGUGGAAGCAAACCAGGAGAUGUUUGCUAUUGGAUUCUGCAAUAUAAUCCCAUCAUUUUUUCACUGUUUUGCCACUAGUGCAGCUCUAGCAAAGACUCUAGUAAAAACCUCCACUGGGUGCAUGACGCAAGUAUCUAGUGUUAUUAGUGCAAUUGUGGUUCUGCUAGUUCUACUUUUCUUUGCCCCUCUGUUUUAUUCACUACAGAAAUGUGUGUUAGCCUGUAUUAUAAUUGUUAGUUUACGUGGAGCUCUAAGGAAAUUCAAGGAUCUGCCAGCCCUGUGGCGCCUAAAUAAAGUAGAUGCAGUGGUAUGGUGUAUAACUUUGGCUGCUGCUGCUCUAGUCAGCACAGAAGUAGGCCUUAUGGUAGGAGUGAUUUUUUCAAUGCUGUGUCUAAUUUUACGCUCUCAGUUACCUUAUACCACCAUGCUUAACCAAAUUCAGGACACUGUGUUUUAUGAAGAUUGCCAAAAAUAUGACAACCUCCUUCCAAUUCCCACAGUAAAGAUAUUCCGCUUUGACUCACCCCUCCAUUACGCAAACAAAGGAUAUUUUUUAAAGUCUCUCUACAAAAUGGCUAAAAUGGAUCCAGGACUUGUAAAUGCACAGCGCAAAAAAAUGGAAAAGAAAGCUAAAAAGCAGGGAAGACGAAAACAAGUUGAUGGAAAACAAGUUGACAGCGCAAACAACAUCGCUGACGGUGAAACUCAAAUAGAGCUUGUAGAGAAGCGCAAUGAUUUGCAAACCAUAAUUCUUGAUUGCUCUUGCAUUGCAUUUUUGGACAUCACUGGCAUUAAUGUAUUAAAGGGUUUGUUAAAAGAUUACAAGGAAGUGCAGGUCAGUGUGCUAUUGGCUUGCUGCAGCACAUCUGUAAUUGACUCUCUUAUAAGGGGAGGUUACUUUGGCAAAGAGAAUUCAGACAUUCACAAACUGCUUUUUUACACUGUCCAUGACGCUGUACAGUUUGCAAGAGCACAAUCAAUUUCUUUUACAGACUCCACUGUAUAAAUGAUGAUCAAAAUAGAGAGGCUUUCAAAAGCAUAAUAAAGUGUACAUAUUGGGGCAGAUUUAUCAAAACAGGAGUUUAGAGUUUAAUACAUGAAAACUCACCCACUUUCUAUUCAUUCCUAUGGGAUUUUAAAAAUCCUAAAAAUCCCAUAGGAAUGAUUAGAAAGUGGGUGAAUUUUUCUGUGGUGAGCUCUAAUCUCACAUCUUGAUAAAUCUGCCCCAUUGUGUUAUCUGGUUACUCCUAAUUGUAGAGGUGAUAACUCCUAUGACUUCAGGACAAAACAUGAGGUUAUAGCUCACCAUGGAAAAAUUCACCCACUUUCAAUUCAUUUCUAUGGGAUUUGUAGUAUUUAUCAAGGAGUUGAUUUGAUAAAUAUGCUUCUAAAAAUCCCAAAGUGAUGAAUUUUGCUGUGGUGAGCUAUAAUCUCACAUUUUAAUAAAUCUGCCCUUAUUGAAAGUGUCCUGACCUGACACAAAAUCUAGUGACUCUACUACUUAAUUACCCUUAUUCACAGCUGGCUAUGAAUAAUGUUGCCUCAUUAAUUUAAGAAAAAGGAAAUUCAUAAACUGCAGCAAUGUUAUCCCAGGGCACUUUAAGACAGACACUCUGCUCAGAUCUGCUCCCACUUCUCUGCCAUGUCACUUGCCCACCCGUGUGCCUGCAGGGGUUCCCUGCUCCCUCCUGGUAUUCUACAUGUUUUUUCCCACAGAAGCCACCAUGUUGUUAUUAAGAUGUAUCUAUAAAUAACUGUAGCACACUUCAGCAAGCAGUAAACUCAAAUGAUAACCUAUACAUAUAUUUUUCCCACCACCCAGAUACUUUUUCAUCCCACCAAAUAGGAAGAUAUUUCUGGGAGAACAGUAUGCAGGGUGGGACAAAGAAUUUUACUGUAGCCUUAUAAUUAUAGUGUGCAUGAAGAACUAUGUGAAAUUGUGCAAACUAAUAAUAAAGCCUUAAACAGAUACUCGUUCCAAUGGAAUUGCACUUAAAACGAUACAUGCCCUGGAACGUGUUUAAUUUGCACAAUGUUUGUGGCAAAAAAAACAUUUAUUAUUGUAUUGUAUGUAACAAUUCUUGGCAUUUUGGAAUAGUGACUUUUCUAGAGAUAAGGCCCAAAAUACAAAAUGCCAUGUUUGUUAAAACUCAUAUAGUUUGAUAUCCGAUCCCCUACUAAACUAUAGCAUUGUUACUUGGCCUAUUUAAUUUUUUUUAUAAACAUUACAUUUUCACAGAGACUUUAACAGAAACACACACUAUUAUUGUUACAAAUUGUAUUUUAUACUACAGAAAUGUAGCUUUUACAGAUAAUGACGUUUAAUAUGGCUUUUCUAAAACUAAACAAGUAUUUUAUUGUUAAAGCAUAAUAAAAAUUAUUAUUCUUUA